AUGGCUGCUGGAAACGGCCACAUCUUCAUCGAUCUGACCUUGGACGAUGACGAUGAAGGCAUUAAAGACCUCAGUGGGCAGUAUGCAGCCUCGACCAUACCCCGAACAGCCCCACGACCGCGACCACCCGACGCCCGGGCUCACAGCCAGCUGGUUGGGGCAUCCCCAUCUCGAGCAGACGCCCAGGUCCCUCGGCAAGCGACUGGCUGCCCUGUCGUUCACAAGAAGGAGCAUUCUCCAAGACCACAACCGAACGGCUUCCCACUUCCCCCGGCCAAACGCGCGAAGACCCGCGAGACUUUCUCGCCUGACAUCCGCGGCGAGAGGCUGAAGGCAUAUCUCGUUGGAAAGCUAUGGCCCGCGAUCGACGAAGCCAUAUAUCAGCUGGCACCGGGCUGCGAUGGGGAGCGCUGGGGCGUCCUUCACCGCAAGGUCUCAGAGCGAGUCGUGUCUGACGGGUUUGGGCAACACUGGGAAGGCAGCCAAGGCCACCUUUCCGAGGCUUUCGAAGCCGCCCUACGGAGGAAGAUACGAGGCCUGGUAGUUGAGCUACGAGAUGGCCCUGAACGACUAUCACCAACUCUUGUCCCUCAGAAUGGCCCGCCUACGGUGCUGCCCUCCAUAGAGACGAAACCUUCGUUGGUGAAUGGCGACAGCGUGCGAAAUGCUGCCUUUGCACCCACGCACCCCGCUGCCCCAGCUAGCAGCUAUGCGCCGACAACAUCACGGCUGACACAUACAGGUCUCGACGCACCCAUACAUUUACCUGCCCUCACUUUACGUUCACCUACGAAACAACGACCGUCGACGUCCACAUGCUCGAAGUCCACGGCCAAUACUGCGCAAUGGCAGCCAGGCAAAGCAAUGGAGAAGACAGGACCCCAGAGUGGUACCAGUCAGAGCCGUAACAAAUGGUUUGGCUUGUCUUUGCGGCCGUACCUGGCCCAUAGCGUGCGACAAGAGUUGCUAAGUCGCGACCGAUACAUCCGUCCUGAAGAUUCAGACCUACCUCUGCCGGCUAUCCUGCACGUCGACUUCAGCGAUAGCGAGAUACGAUACCUGCAGUACGCCGCUCGGGAGCUGUACGGCUCCAAGGGAUUGGUGACAAGAUCGCCCGCGACCGACCUGCGUCACCUUGUAAAGAAAGCCAGAAAGCUUAAUCGGCUAAAUGAGAUCACCAAGGCGCAUCGAGAGCACUAUCGAAGCCUACACCGUCCGGCGCCCGUUGCUCUUACCACAAGGACAGCAGACGAUGUCGCCAACUUCUUGGAAGACCAACUUUAUCGAACGCUACGACCAACCCCCGAAACACUGACGCUAAGCCGAGAUGGUGUGGAUAUCCAGUAUGAUAUCCCUAAGAGAGAUCGCGUGCCAUCGCUUCUAUAUACGCGUGAGGUUGCCGGAAACCGUGGCUUUGGGUCCAUCAGACGCUAUCAAAAUUUCCCUACAGCAUUCAGGUCAAACCACGAAGACAAGCUCGAGCCCCAUAUCCAAUGGACUAACUGCGCUGGUGAUAUUGCAACCCUGAGUUGGGUUUCGGAGUCUCACUUUAUAUGUGGGACAACGACCCAUUCUGAUUCCCAUAACCAGCAAUAUAACAAGCCCGGAAACCUGCUGUUAGGGUCAUCAUCCCACGGUACCCUUCGAGCGUUCCCUGAUCACCGCAUUACGCGCCCUGUCGUCGCUCUUGGCGACAACGCUCUUGACUCGAUGGUAGAGAGCCAGGAUCCGUGGCUAUAUACGUCUGUUGUCGACUCAGAUUACGACGCCCGCCGUGAUUUAGCCUUCACGUCUAGCUUUGAUAGAACUGUCAGGGUCUGGAAGAUUAAAAACGAUAGAAUGGAGCCUAGGAGUCUGUGGGAGCACGACGGUCGAGUCAACUUCGUCCUGGCCUCGCACCACCCGUCCGGGCUCGUUGCAACAGCAGCGGACGUUCCUACGAAUGCUAUCCGUGUCUACCACAUCGACUCUCCACAUAUGCAAGCUUUCGACUCGUACUCAUGCACACGCAUCCAUGACGAAGAGUUCGUACCGUCAGAAAAAUGGGGUUAUUUCCCUGCAGCUAUACGAUGGGGUCUAGCCCCCCACGUCCAGCAUCUCCUACUCAUUGGCUAUUCUCCUCGGAGCUUCACUGGUGAUGAUCAUGACAUACCCGAAGACAAGAUGAGCACGGGCGAGCUCUGCCUUUGGGAUACCAUCACAAAGACGCAAGUCAAAGUGAACAGCUUGGCAACGCAAAAUGUAUUCGAAGUCGUGUGGCACCCGUUUCAGGAUAUAUUCGCUGUAGCGACUUCAAAGGCAAUGUCCCUUGAAAAUACCGACAGCAACGUUAAGACGCAAAUACGCAUCUUUGCACGCGAGAAACCCGGUGAGGGGUAUAGCGUGAAGAAAGCACUAGAUUGUCCGGCCGUCGAUAUCAACGAGCUAGUCAUUCGGCCUAAUAGUGUGGGCUACUCGUAUGUAGCUGCUGGCUGCACUGAUGGCAACGUAUAUGUUUGGGACACUGCUGGGAGCGACUCGCCGAUGUGCGUCCUCAAGCAUGGCGAUCCAGUCGAGGAGCUCCUUGGUGAGAAGGAGCUAGAAGACGUGGGCGUCAAGUUUCUAGCUUGGGGUACUACCGCCGAUCGACUCUACACAGGAUCAUCCGAUGGUGUGGUGAAGGUGUGGAACAUCCGCCAUGGGAAAGCCGUACACGUGCGUGAUCUAGUCGAGGUUCCUGGGCCGAUCACCGCCGGUGCUUUCUCUCCAAACUUCACGAAACUUGUGAUCGGAGAUGGGAGUGGAAAGGUCCAUCUCAUUGGCCUAGAAAAGGACAAGGACAAGGAAGAGGAGCAGAACAAGCCGCCACUUGGACAUACGAGGUUUCUCCAAAUGCAAGUCGGAGGCAGGCAGAGAGCAAUUCGUCGCCCAAGGCCGUUUAUACCUCAUCCAGAUGUUCCUCCUCCCGGUGCGGCCACGUCUGCACCAUCAUUACAACUCGGGCAGGAAAGGGCGCGAGGAUAUCUCGACCGCGGAGAGCUUGUGGUUCACCCGCAUCCCGCCAUAGGCGCCGUUCAAGGUCCUCACUACAUGAAUACAGGGCUUCUGCGCGCAGAGGCUCAUCGAGACGAGGAUGCCACGCAGCCGCUCCUAGGUGCUUUUGAAAGGCAUCAGCAGGAAAAUACGAGGCAUUCCAUUUCUCGGAAAAAGAGAAAGCUACGUAAGAUCCAGGAACCCGACGAAGACUCUCUAAAAACCCAUGAUGCCAACUUAAUAGCUACGUGGUCCCAUCAACAGCGACUCAUGUUGAAUCCUACGCGGUUGGAACUCGAAGCGGAAAGGGCUGAGAUAGAAUCAGAUUAUGGCUACGACUACGAACCUGACUAG